AUGGAAGGGCGUAUUCCUGAAGAGGACCCUUUAAAGUGGGAACGCAUGUAUCAAGAAGGAGGAAACGCUGCUCCUUUCAAGCUCGAAGGAAUGAUGAACCUGCAGCAGUCCAGCGAAGUCAGAGUUGUUUCGUUUGAUCUCGACAAUACUUUAUGGGUCACAUCGGCGACUAUUUCCGCCGCCAAUGAAGCUCUCGCGGCCUUCCUCGACGCACGAGGCGUCGUUCAACCUCAGCGAAUAGAAACAAUAAUGGGAAUUUUAUUCAAAGAAAACAAAGAACGAUACUGCCCCAUUGAAGUGGAACAGGCAAAAGCUCCAGCUUUAUUAACACUACUCCGAAAAGAUGCCAUUCGAAAAAUUCUUUUGGACGACAACGGAUACUCGUCCGAGAGUGCUGAAUGCUCUGCCGAAGAAGCAUUUCAGACUUGGACAAAUGCGCGCCACGAUGCCAUUACCUUUAACAUGGCUGAAGCUGUGAAAGAAUGUCUUCAAGAAAUAGCUGCUAUUCAAACGUCGGAUGGACAUUCGGUCGUGAUUGGAGCCAUUACGGAUGGCAACUCAGAUCCACGCUUGAUUGAUGAGCUAUCCAAAUAUUUUCAUUUCUGCGUCAACGCCGAAAAAGUUGGAAUAAGCAAACCUGACAAACGAAUCUACCUAAAAGCUGUACAGGAACUGGCCGGUCACCCUAGCUUAAAACAUCUCCUUCCCGACGAUGACGCCCAAGACUAUGAAUUGGAAUCAAGAUUGGGACCGUGGUGGGUUCAUGUGGGUGAUGAUUUCAUCAAAGACGUAGUCGCUGCAAAAGAUCUGAAUAUGCGUAGCGUCUGGGCUCGAGAGCUGGUCCUCAACAAACAGGUAGAUUAUGCAUUGUCGGAGGGAAAGCCGGAGCGAAGCGUUGAAGCUCUGGUGAAAGAUGUUUCUAAGAAUGAAGUAGUUAAGAUGCAGGUAGGGGCUACAGAUUACUUGGUGAAUUCUCUUCACCAAGAGUUUGCAGAUGCAAUUGUCGACCGCUUUGGUGAAGUUGCCACCGUUCUAAAUGCAUGGCACAGUGAAGGACUGGUCAAAACCUCUACUCCUCUCCAAAUUGUCGAGAACGAUGUGACGGUACAGGAAGAAGUCGUGCUACGCCCCGAAGUAGAAUCGGGAGACACUGAAAACGACAGAACGCCAAACAUAAAGAACGGAGGAUCAAAAUUUUGCCUGUUUUGUAGGAAUACACUUCCUGGAGCCGCGAAGUUCUGCUCGGAAUGUGGGGAGGGACAACAUUAG